CUUCCACGCCAAAGAAUCCACUAUGACUGAUUCGUCGCGUCCAUCCAAGUGCACGGUCAACUCGGCCGCGCCGUCGCCCCACCGCGUCGUGCCCCUGACUCCUCCGCCAAAGAUCUGCAAUACAAUCCUCGACCACAUUGGCAACACGCCAAUGGUCCGCCUGUCCAACAUUAUGGCCGCCGAGGGGCUCCAGUGCGAGCUGCUUGCCAAGUGCGAGUACUUUAACGCGGGCGGCUCCGUCAAGGACCGCAUCGGCAAGCGUAUGGUCGAAGACGCUGAAAUCAGCGGUCGCCUCCAGCAAGGCCACACUGUCAUCGAACCCACCUCUGGCAACACUGGCAUUGGCCUCGCGCUGGCGUGCGCCAUUAAGGGAUACCGCGCCAUCAUCACGCUGCCCGAAAAGAUGAGCCAGGAGAAGGUCAACGUCCUCCGCGCUCUUGGCGCUGAGAUUGUCCGCACUCCUACUGAGGCUGCAUGGGACGCCCCCGAGUCGCACAUUGGCGUUGCUAUGCGCCUCAACAAGGAAAUCCCCAACUCGCACAUCCUCAACCAGUACACCAACCCGGGCAACCCGCUCGCGCACUACGAUGGCACUGCCGAGGAGAUUUACAACCAAUGCGACGGCAAGCUCGAUGUGAUUGUGAUGGGCGCCGGCACCGGUGGCACGGUCACUGGCAUUGCGCGCAAGCUCAAGGAGCGAAUCCCGAACGUCAAGGUUGUUGGCGUCGACCCCGUCGGCUCCAUCCUGGCCGAGCCCGAGUCGCUCAACGUCAACGCCAACCAGCCAUACGCCGUCGAGGGCAUUGGCUACGAUUUCAUCCCCACCGUCCUCGACCGCACCCUGGUUGACCGCUGGAUCAAGACAACGGACAAGGAGUCGCUGCUCAUGGCGCGUCGUCUGAUUCGCGAGGAAGGCUUGCUCUGCGGCGGCUCGUCCGGCACGGCUGUCGUGGCUGCCCUCCAAGUCGCCAAGGAGCUCGGACCUGGCCAACGCUGUGUUGUGCUUCUUCCCGACUCGACCCGCAACUACAUGACCAAGUUCUUGAACGACGACUGGAUGAUUGAGCGUGGCUUCAUGGAGCGCCAGACUGAAGAUCCUCUUGGCAACGCCACGAUUGCAGAUCUGCAUUUGCGCACUCCCAUCACCAUUUCGUCAGACGUCACCUGCGCAGCGGCUGUUGCCGUGCUUCGCGAGAAUGGCAUUGACAAUCUGCCCGUUCUUCGCGCGGAUGGCUCGGUGGCUGGCCUUGUCACUCUGGGCAACCUGCUUUCCCGUGUCUCGUCUGGCCAGGUCAAGUCCACGGAUCUCGCGUCGAAGGUCAUGUUCAAGUUUUCCAAGAAGAAGGCGUACACUGAAAUUACAGACGCCACUCCUCUCGCCACUCUGCGCAAGUUCUUUGACAUUCACUCUGUCGCGUUUGUGACUGAAGGCGAAAACCGCAAGAUUAAGAGCGUUGUCACCAAGAUUGAUCUUCUCAACUUCCUUGUCAAGCAGGGCAAGUGAGAGACAACUGGGUCUCUUUUUUACAUUUUUGAUUGGAAUGGUGCGGACAAAUACACGAGUUUUGGUCACUACAA